CAGGCUGCUAUUCGUGUUCCCACCUGUAGAGUGGGAGUCAAAACAAAAAUCUUCUGGAAAGUCCUUCUGAUGUUUAGCUCGUAGCUGCCGACAACGUUAGCAGAGUUGUUUCCUUAGUGAUAGUUGAAAUAACCCUAAUCAUCGACAAAGUAAAUUCGUUUGAUACAUUUAAUUAUGGAGAUCUCUCAAAAGUUCCGCUCUUUGUACAACUUCUUUUGGCCCGUUUUCGUGGCAUAGUUAGCUGGAAAGCUAACGCUGUCUAGUAAUUAUCAGUUAACGUUAGCUUAGCAUUGCACUUCACAACAAAAAAAGCCCAGCAGCCUCUUCUGAGCCUUGUUGGACGGCAGAAGUUUGUACCUUUACUCGCUGGUUUCUUUGACACCAACACCCUCAAAAUGUCUAUCCUAGGAUUGAAGAAGAAACAGCCAAAGACUUUUAAAGUCAAAGUUAUCACUAUGGAUGCGGAAAUGGAGUUCAGCUGUGAGGUUAAGUGGAAAGGUAAAGACCUGUUUGACCUGGUGUCUCGCACCGUUGGUUUGAGGGAGACCUGGUUCUUUGGACUCAGGUACAUCGUAAAGGACACCUACGCCUGGCUGAAACCAGAGAAACGGGUCUUGGACCAAGAGGUUCCCAAGGACUCUCCCAUAACAUUUCAUUUCCUGGCUAAAUUCUUCCCAGAAAAAGUAGAAGAAGAGCUGGUUCAAGAGAUAACUCAGCACCUCUUCUUCUUACAGGUGAAAAAACAGAUAUUGGAUGAAGAGAUAUUCUGUUCCCCUGAAGCGUCUGUUCUGUUGGCAUCAUAUGCUGUCCAGGCCAAGUAUGGGGACUAUGACCCAAACUUUCACAAGCCGGGCUUCCUGGCACAAGAUGAGCUUCUGCCAAAAAGAGUUUUGAUGCAGUACCAAAUGACAGCUGACAUGUGGGAAGAGAAGAUCACAGCUUGGUACGCAGAGCACAGAGGCAUCGCCAGGGAUGAGGCUGAGAUGGAAUACUUAAAAAUUGCUCAGGACCUUGAGAUGUACGGUGUCAGCUACUUUGCCAUUACUCAAAAUAAGAGGGACACAGACCUGUUACUUGGAGUGGAUGCUCAGGGUCUUCACAUCUACAGCCCCAACAGCAAACUCAACCCUAACAAAUCCUUUCCUUGGAGCGGCAUCCGCAACAUCUCUUACAGCGAAAAGGAGUUUACAAUUAAACCCCUGGAUAAGAAGAAAGAUGUUUUCAAGUUCUACUCAUCUCAACUGCGUGUCAACAAGCUGAUCCUGCAGUUGUGCAUUGGUAACCAUGAUCUAUUCAUGAGGAGGAGGAAGGUGGACUCCAUUGAAGUGCAACAGAUGAAGGCUCAAGCGAAAGAGGAGAAGGCCCGCAAGAAGAUGGAGCGUCAAAUCCUGGCACGGGAAAAACAGAUGAGAGAGGAAGCGGAACGGGCAAAAGAAGAGAUGGAACGAAGACUUUUCCAGCUGCAGGACGAGGCACGACUGGCCAACGAGGCACUGCUGCGAUCUGAGGAGACAGCGGACCUGCUGGCAGAGAAGGCCCAGAUUGCUGAGGAGGAGGCCAAGCUGUUGGCCCACAAGGCUGCAGAAGCUGAGCAGGACAGGCAGAGGUUUGAGGUCACCGCCAUGAAGACCAAGGAGGAGAAAAGGCUGAUGGAGCAGAAGAUGAGGGAGGCAGAGCAGCUUGCUGUCAAACUGGUGGAGCAGUCUGAGAAGAGGUUGAAGGAGGCAGAUCACCUGAAACAGGACCUGACUGAGGCAAAGGAUGCUGAGCGGAGAGCCAAACAGAAGCUGCUAGAGAUCACCAAAACAACAUACCCUCUCAUAGCAGCCUACUCUACUCCCCCUGCUCCUCCUGAAGCAGCCGACUUUGCCUAUGAGUCGGCAUCUACACGCCUCGACUUCAAGGACUCUGACAUGAAAAGGUUGUCUAUGGAGAUCGAGAGAGAGAGGCUGGAGUACAUGGAGAAGAGUAAACACCUGCAAGACCAGCUGAAGGAACUGAAGACUGAGAUCGAGUCUCUGAAGCUGGAGGAGCAGCAGCAACAGGCAGGCGUCUACAGCCUCCGCAAUGAGGCGAGGGGCUACGUCCAGGAGCCUGUCUACAUACCUCACAGCAACCGAAACUCUGCGUACAUGUCUCAGUCUCAGAUGGCCUUCUUUGAAGAAGUGUGAUCCUAGUCCUGCAAGUUGGGGAAGGAGGGCACCGGCUGUUGUGACUUUUCUCAAAAUGUUUGGUUCAUUUUUUACCUGGCUGAAACUAACAGACAGACACUCGCGUACACCAUGACUGUGUGCUUUGGAAAGACUUUUAAUCUAUCCUCAACAACAAACAGCCACUUUUGGCUGCCUGCGCAGGUUGUCAUGCUAGAUUGUACCACCUGCUACACUACAGCACCUUCCACACUUCUUUUAUAUAAAAUGAACACAUUAAUGUGUGUAUCUAACACUGAUUCAGGACAUGGUGCUGAGGAUGGAUGUAUGGAUGAGUUGCUGAUAUUUUGUUUGUGGUUUUAAGGGAUGCUUAGCUGUAAGAUGGUCAGAUAUAAUAUUGUAACCUAAUGACAAAUUCUACAUUAUUGCCUUAACAACAUGUUGGUACAGAGAUUGAGGUUAACAUUUGACACAAAACGGCUUUAGGCAAAGUUCCUGCCUCGGAUAUAAUUAGGUAAAUUUUCAGGCUUGGGGAAAUUCUGAAAAGUGAUACAUAUGAAAUUAGACUUUGUAAAUAUGGUCAUUUGCUUUCAAACCAGCAAAUUGUUUCCUAAACUUUUGAAAAUAGUAAAUAAAAAGCCCACGUAUCUGAUUAUACAUUUACCAAGCUAUUGUUGAACACUACAAAUACACUAAAGACAACUCUCAAUGUGAAGAUUGACAUUGUGAACUUGCACAUAAAACGGAAUUUAUAAAAGUAAGUCAUUGCAACCCACAGAAAAAUCUAAAUCUGACCAGCAGAUGUGUGCAGGGACAGUGUCUGGAUGUGACGCUCCAUAACAAUGUUAAAUGCAGUGUUUGAUCUUUCUUUUGGUCUUUCACUUGUUUUUUUGCUGUUUCUGUUACUUGGCUCGUGGACUGCCUCUAUUAUUAACAGCACACAAGUGCCUUUAUUGUUUAUAGUGCCUCAUCGUGGUAGUUGAUAGAAAUGUAGUAUACAGUUAUAAGCUUGAGCUCUGCCAUUUCAAAUUUUUAUAUUUUGUAUUCUAGACUGUUGAUGUGCCUUGAACUUUUUUUUACUAUUUUGAUUUGAGUUACUAAGGUUUUAUUUGGUAUCAUUGUGCUCAUGCGUCUUAGCAUUAAAUUAGGUGUACUUUAAGUUGGGGGUUGAUGUCAUACCCUGAAUUGUUUGCAGAAUAGCAGAUUCAUGGCUUUCCUGUUUUCUUUUACAGUAUGUCCCUCAGCUCAUGUACAGUACCUCUCAGGGUUAGUGUUGGAGACAAUCACUGCUGGUAGAAUGUAAUUGUUUUUUCCCUGAGAUAAACAGUAUGGCAUCCA